AUGACACAAACUCAAAUUCAACAAACACAAAAACUCAAAUUCAACCAACUCCUAAUUCUCAAGUUAAAUAAUUUCCACAACCUUAAGUUCAAAAACGACACAAACUCAGGUUCAAAAACAACACAAACUCAAGUUCAAAAACACCAAAAACUAAAGUUCAACCAAUACCCAUUUCUCAAGUUUAACAAUUUCCACAACCUCAAGUUAAAAAAAACACAGACUCAAGCAAAAAGACACCACAAACUCAAGUUCAAACAUGAAACAUACUCGUCAAAAAAACACAAAAACAAAUUCAACAAACACCACAAACUCAAGUUCAAACAGAACACAUACUUAAGUUCAACAAACACACAAUCUCAAGUUCAAUCAAAAACACCUGACUCUCAAGUUUAA